AUGUGACCAGGGAGGAUGGAGAAGGAAAUGUUCAGAGAAGACGGUGAGCAGUCAAGGGUGCAGACGUGUUACAAACCACCCCUCUUCAGGGAACCAGGCUUCCAGCCGCAGCCCAGCUGCGCCCCUCUCGUUCUCCACGAAUCGCCUGUCCCUUCCCUGGAACUCCUGGGCCUGACCCUGCUCCCCGAUAGUGCCUGCAGCCCACAGUUCCCCCGACCCCACUCCCUUUCCCAGAACUCAGUUGUCUGAGCACCAGCCUGCGGCCUCAGCCUUUCCUGCCUUCGACUGAAACAGUAGCAUCUUCUAAGCCCUGGGGGCUUCCCCAGGCCCCAGCCCCGACCUAGAACCCGCCCGCUGCCUGCCACACUGCCGCUUCCUCUAUAAAGGGACCCAAGCCGCCGGCGCCCAGGACCCCGCACAGCAGGUUCUCUCCAUGACACCACUUGGACGGCUCUACCUCUUGAGGGUGCUUGGCGCCCCCCCUGUCUUCCUUCUGGGGCUGCUGCUGGCCCUGCCUCUAGGGCCCCAGGGACUCUCUGGUGUUCGCUCCUCAGCUGCCAGGAUAGCUCAUCAGCCCCCUCAGAAGCAUUCGACCCGUGGCUUCCUGAAACCUGCUGCUCACCUUGUUGGACACCCCAGCAAACAGAACUCCCUGCUCUGGAGAGCAAACACAGACCGUGCCUUCCUCCGACAUGGCUUCUCUCUGAACAACAACUCCCUCCUGGUCCCCGCCAGCGGCCUCUACUUCGUCUACUCCCAGGUGGUCUUCUCUGGGGAAAGCUGCUCCCCCAAGGCCACUCCUGCUCCCAUCUACCUGGCCCAUGAGGUCCAGCUGCUUUCUUCCCAGUACCCCUUCCACGUGCCUCUCCUCAGUGCACAGAAGUCCGUGUAUCCGGGGCUGCAAGGACCGUGGGUACGCUCAAUGUACCAGGGGGCUGUGUUCCUGCUCAGUAAGGGAGACCAGCUGUCCACCCACACAGAUGGCGUCUCCCAUCUACACUUCAGCCCCAGCAGCGUAUUCUUUGGAGCUUUUGCUCUGUAGAAUCUAGAAAAAUCCAGGAAUUGGAUUCCAAGCCUCCAUGCUGACCGUUUUAAGGGUCACACCGCCUCUCCUCUGCCCGUCCCGUCCCCACAGUCUCAAGCCUUUCCCACCAAAAUCACCCAGAGCUCUCACAGAAGGAGUCUGAGGCACUCCAGGGGGACCACAUCUCCCCGGGGGCCACCCCCAGAUGUUCAGCUGAGGAUUCAAGCCUGCCUAGAAGUUCCUGCCUAGAGCAGGGUCUCUGUGGGUCUGGGUGGGGCAGAGACCUGGAUGAGGAGAGACCGAUGUGGGGAGGUGCCUGAGGACAGCGAAAGGGAGACUAUUUAUGAAGGGCAAGGUUAAGUUAUUUAUUUAUGGAGACAGGAAAGAGGAGAGGAGUGGACACCAGGUGACAUCGAGGUCCCAGGCACAGGGUGAGGUGGCAUCAGGAGAGAAGCAGGUGUGAGUGACCAAGGCGCUCACAGAAGGAAGACCAAGGCUCGAAGGGCAUUGCUUGGCUAGACGCCCUCAAAGAGCCUUCUGCACCAACGAUACCCAAUAAACCUCUUUUCUCUGAA